GGCGCAGACAGGAGCGUUCAAGGACCGAGAGGAGGGCUGAUGGAGGAAAAGUCUCCUCACACCGACACGGACUCCUCUGGAGCGGACAAAUAAACAAGAGUGACGAAGUUCUGGAAAGUUUGAUAAAGUUUGAGGGGAAAUAUCGAGCAGGAGGCAGAGAUGGAGGCGAAAACGCAGAAGACGGAGGCAGCAGGAGAAAAAGGAGAAAAAGGAGAAAAAGGAGAGAAAGGAGAGAAAGGAGCAGCUCCAGCCAAAAGCAGAGAGGAUUUCGACCUGGCCUCGGUCUACGUUUCAGACGCUCAGUACAACAGGAACAUCUUCUUCGACACGUCCCCUCAGGCCGUAAGGCUUUAUCUCCUCUACAACCACUGGAUCCUUAAGGUCCUCCUCUACUUCUUCAUCCUGGUGGAUCUUUCCCUCGCCAUCUUCGAGGAGCCUGCCGUCGUCCCUUUGCCCAUCUGGGUGACCAUGCUGGUGGAGCUGCUGUGUCUGCUCGUCUUCACCCUUCGCCUCAUUCACUACGCCAAAGUGAUCCCUAGAGACAAGUUCUGGAAGGAUCCUAAAAACAUCUGCAUCAUCGUCAUCCUCAUGCUCACUCUGGUGGACAUCGUCAUCUACGGCGCUCUGAAAGCGGCCGACUGUUACGCCGUCCGAUGGUCCAGAGUCCUCCGACCGCUGCUGUUGGUCAACGUCACCGAGGGACGGCAGCUCCGUCGAGCGUUCAGAAGCAUCCGGAACGCUCUGCCUCAGAUCUUCUACGUCUUCCUGCUCUUCAUGUUCAGCGUCCUCAUCUUCUCCCUCAUGGCGCUCAAACUGCUCGGAAAACGAGGUUUGAAGACGAUAGAUGGAGCUCCGUACUUCACUAACUACAUGGAGAUCGUCUUCGACCUGUACGUCCUCGUCACCACGGCCAACAGCCCCGACGUCAUGAUGCCGGCGUACAACUCCAGCUUCAUCUUCGCCAUCUUCUUCAUCCUCUACAUCCUCAUCAACACCUACAUCUUCAUGUCCGUCUUCUUAGCCGUCGUCUACAACAACUACAAGAAAUACCUCAAGGAGGAGGUACGGCAGCUAGUGAGGGCCAAAAGGCACAAGAUGAUCCGGGCCUUCGCCGUGCUGCAGGAGCCGAGGGAGGAGGGGGCGGAGCCUGUAGUCAGCCAGGCAAACUGGAAUCAGGUGGUCCGAUUGGUCCAACCCAACAUCAGCAACGCCCACCGAGAGCUGCUGUGGAGCGUGUCGGACCACAAGAACCAGGGCUGCAUCGGUAAGGUCGCCUUCGUCCAGCUGGCUGACCUGCUCAACAUCGAGGUGAUCACGCUCAAGUCCAGGCCACACCCCCUCCGCGGUUUGUGCCCCACCCUCUACCUGUCAGCCCCCAGUCGCUUCAUCUGCUGGCUCGUCCAGCACAGGGCAUUUGUGAUCGUGUACGACCUGAUCAUCCUGGUGAACGCCGUCUUCAUUGGUCUGGAUGAGGAGAACCCGAUGAUCGCUAACUCAGAGUGGGGCUUCCUGGCACUCUACCUGCUGGAGAUCCUUCUAAAGCUCUACGUGUUUGAGCCCAGAGCCUUUUUCUCCAGACACAGCUUCUGGAACUGGUUUGACAUGAUCAUCGUCGUCUCAGCUCUCAUCGCUACGAUCAUCAACUCUGCCAUGAAGUCGUCGGGCGCUUACACCAGCCGUCAGAUCCUCGACAUCGUCUUCAUCCUGAGAGUCCUGCGACUGAUCCGAGUGGUCGACAGCAUCAAAAGGUUUCGGACCAUCAUCAACACCCUGAUCCGGAUCGGACCGGCCAUCCUCACCUUUGGACAGCUCAUCAUUGUGGUGUACUACAUCUUCGCCAUGGUGGGGAUGGAGCUGUUCAAAGGGAAGUUCAAGUACUACGAGGAUCCCAACGACCCGGCGGGGAAGUACUGUGGGAACCCUCUGCUGGAAGGAACGUCCUUCGCUCAUCUCAACUACUGCAAGAACAACUUCAACAACGUGGUGUCGUCCUACAUCCUACUGGUGGAGCUGACCGUGGUCAACCAGUGGCACGUGCUCAGCAGCGGCUUCACCACCGUCACCCAUGUGUCAGCGCGGAUCUUCUUCAUCUUCUUUCACAUCAUGGUCGUCAUCGUCAUCAUCAACAUCUUCGUGGCGUUCGUCCUGGAGGCGUUCUUCGUGGAGUACUCGGUGGAGAAGAGCGACCUGCAGACGUCUCUGGAGAAGAAGAUCGAGGAGCUGGAGCUGGCUGUGGCUCAGGAAAAGCUGGAGGAGAACCUCGUCGACGCCAUGGAAACGAUGGACAACGACCUGGGAACGGGCCCGACAGGAACGACGAACAACAAACCGACACUGAUGUUUAAAAUCGCCUCAAAAAGAUAUCGGACAGUGGACGCUCUGCUGCAGCGCAUGUUUGAGGCCGAUCUCGACCCCGAAGACUUCGCCGGGACAGACGACCUCGAGGCUCAGAGCAACGGAAACUUCUCCAACCCUGCGUUUGACUCUGCAUAGACUUUACUGUACAGAUAUAAAUAUAUAAAGGGAAACAGAUUCUAUCAUUUCUAAACAUUUUUAUACUCCAUAUCGUCUCAAAUCUGAUGUUAAUCCGUGCGAUGUGUUAAAUAUCUUGUUAUAUUUUUGUAUUUCUGUCCUGUAGCUCUGUGGUGAAGCACGAGCAUCAGUAUGUUCACAUAAAGAUUAUUUACACCCAA